CCCGACCAGAAGCAAAGCCUGUGACCUCCUUGCUGUGAAGUGCUGUGCUCUAAAAUGAAGGGUGUCCAGUGUAUUGCUAUGUGGAUACCCGUUAGCAAUGACUGAUGUGGAGUCAACAUAUGCAGAUUUCAUUGCUUCUGGAAGAACUGGGAGGCGAAAUGCACUUCAUGAUAUCCUUGUAUCCUCUACAAGUGGAAAUUCUAGUGAACUGUCCCUAAAGUUAUCAGAACUUGAUAUAAACAAAACUG